AUGUCGUUCGCUAUUGAAGUUGAGAAGCUUACUUACAAAUUUGCUGAAUGCGCCAGGCCCUCUCUUGUUGAUGUGGAUUUGCAAAUUCCCUGGAACACAAGAACCCUGGUUAUGGGAUCCAAUGGUGCUGGUAAAUCGACACUAUUGAAAGUUCUUAGUGGUAAACAUCUGUGUCUGGAUGGUAAGAUUCUAGUCAAUGGUCAGAACCCGUUCAGCCCUGUUUGUACUGUCGGAGAAGGCCAGGAGUACCACGUUACCACGUACUUGGGUACUGAAUGGUGCCAUAUGAGCAUUAUAAACAGAGAUAUCGGUGUUUUAGAGCUCCUAACAAGUAUUGGACUACAACAUUUUCAAGAAAGAGGAGAUCAAUUGUGUGAGAUUCUCGGUGUUGAUCUACAAUGGCGGAUGUUCAAACUCAGUGAUGGCCAGAAAAGACGCGUUCAACUGGUAAUGGGACUUUUAAAACCUUGGAAAGUGUUACUACUAGACGAAGUGACAGUCGAUCUCGACGUGAUUGCCCGGGGCAAAUUACUCCAAUUCUUAAAAUGGGAAACAGAAACAAGACAGUGUUCCGUUGUCUACGCGACUCAUAUCUUUGAUGGCUUAGCCCAAUGGCCUGAUCAGGUACUGCAUUUGAAAGAAGGUCGCAUAAUCGACCGUUUGGACUGCCAUCGGGAUGUCAAGUUUACCACCGCGAACGAUGCGGGAAACGGAACGGUCGCAUUCAAUCGCCAGACUCCAGUGGUAUCGAUCUCGAAAGUCAGCAGUCUCCAUCCGCUCGCGGUCGCUUGGCUUACAGACGAUCCAAACGAACUCAAGCAGGCCACUCCGUUGCCCGAUGUUUGA